UUUUGCGUCGCUCGGGUAAUCGCGUGUGUGCUGUCGAAUUUUCGUAAAAUAAACCGAAAAAGUAAACGGCGUUUUUUCUUGUUUUUUUUUCUGUUCCCACACUGCGGUACUUGAUAUUGCGAUGAAAUAUAGUUAACACACAGCAACAGAAACGACAGCCACAACAACAACAACAAAAAGUGCGUGCGCGUGCAGAAAAAGAAAAAUUGUGGGCGAAUCAACAAGCAAAAGAGAAUGAGCGAUGAUGAGGAGAAGAGGCAAGAGCAGAGGCAGUUGUCGUAGUGCUAGUACAAAAAAGAAACUGCGAAAACUGCUUGUGAAGUGACAACAACAAUUAAAUAAUAAUAAUAACAACAACAAUCCGUACCAACCAACCAAAAAAGAAACGCAAAUAAAUAAUAAGAAAACAGAAAGCAACCAAAAGAAGAAGGUAGAAAAAGUAAAAAACGAGCGCAAAAAUACAUGUCCACAAAAGUAGCUAUAACAACAAUAACACAAAAAUUAACUUAAAAAGUCGUGAAUUCGUCGUAUAGUACAUACACACAUACACACGGGCACAAAUACAUGAACGCUGCACAUGUGUGAGCUCGUCUAGUGGUGUGAGCGAGAGCGCUCUGUGUUUGCUGCUGUGCGUUAUUUAUUUUAUUUUUCGUUAAUCAUUUUUCGCAUUUGGCGAAUAAGUUGGAAAAGCGACAAUAAAACAACAAUAUAAUACAACGGACAAGCAGAGCAGAGUGAGCAGUGCCGCAGCAGCAGUUUGCACCACUUGAAAGAGGUUCCGCCCUCCCCCAAUUCCAUAUGCAAAAUGUCUAGUCCCGACGAUAGAAUACCAAUACACGAUCUGCCAUCAGAAGCCGGAAGCGAUGAGCGAUUGCUGCACAUAACGCCAGGCACACUGACAUUGGACUUUAAGCCCCAUCCAGCGGUGGAUAUCAAUCAGCAGAUCAUGGAGCUCAAGAAGAGCCAGGAGCUUCAAAAGCAGCGGCUUUUCCACACGUUCCAGGAGCAAUCGAAGCAAAUGGAACUGGAGCACAAACUCCAGCUGGAGCACAAGUAUCAAUUUGCGGUGAAUUCACAUGGCGCUUUCCAGGAAUUGCGGGAUCAGACCAUGGUAACCGCCGCCGCUGCCGCUGCUGCAGUGGCCGAAGAGCAACAUCGCCAUCAGCAGCAGCAGCAGCAGCAGCAGCAGCAGCAACAUCAACAGCAGCAGCAACAUCAACAGCAGCAGCAGCAGCAGCAACGCGAACAGCAGCAACAACGCGAUCGCAGGGAACGGGAAGUGAUGAAGCGCAAGGAGAACUGCAGCGCCAAUGCCAGUCCCGAGGUCAAACAGAUUCUCAAUUGCUUCAUCAUGAGUCGCAAGUCACAGGCGGCGGCAUCCAAUGGCACAACGACAACUUCUCCCUAUAGGAAUCGCGGUGUGGUGAAGAGCUCCUCGGGCGAAUCGCUACCAGCCGGAACCGUGACCAGUGCGCAUCCGUACAAAAUACCUCAGCCGCCCUCCUCACUGCUCAAAUAUGAAUCUGAUUUUCCGCUGAGGAAGACAGCAUCCGAACCGAACCUGCUGAAGAUCCGGCUGAAGCAGAGCGUCAUCGAGCGCAAGGCCCGCAUCGGCGGACCGGCGGGUGCGAGGCGCCACGAGCGCCUCCUCCAAGCGGCACAGCGCAGGCAGCAGAAGAACUCUGUUCUCACAAACUGCAACAGCACUCCGGACUCGGGACCCAACUCACCGCCCUCGGCCGCUGCCCUCACAGUGGGCGUGGUGGGCAGCCGCGGCUCACCGACCAGUGCUCCGAUCCAGGAGGAGAACGAGGAGGGCAGCCAAUACCAGCCGGGCCAGAGGAGCAGCAUCAACGACCUGCCGCUGUUUAGCUCACCGUCGCUGCCGAAUAUCUCGCUGGGCAGACCGCAUUUACCCAACACGGCGCAGGCGCACGCCCAGGUUAGCGCCCAGGCGCAGGCGCAGGCUCAGGCCCAGGCUCAGGCGCAGGCCGCCCAGGUCAACUAUGCAAUGUUUGCGGCCCUGCAGCAGCAUGUGGCCGCAGCCGGUGGCGGUGGACAGCCGGGUGGCUACUACAGUCCGCUGGGCAUGUCGUUCGUAGGUAGACAGCCAGCGCCGCUGGCCAUGAUUCCGGCCACGGGGAUAGCACCGCAGCAACCGUCACCGGUGGUGCGCAGCGCCUCGGCCACCUCCACUUCAUCGUCGCAGGCGUCGCUUGUGGGCGAUGUGGCGCCGCCGCAGGCUCAUGCCGCCUCCACCAUUCUGCCCUCGUCCUCGUCCUACAUGCAGCAGUUGGGUGGCGUGGCCGGAUCGGCGGUUAAUCUCCAUGCUGUGGCUGCAGCGGCGGCAGCAGCGGCCGCUGGCUCACUGCCGCCCACCAAUAGUCAUGGUCAUGGCCAUGGUCACGGCCACGGACAUGGGCACGGACAUGGUCAUGUCCACGCCCAUGGACAUGGCCAUGCUCUGUACGGAGCCCAUCAGCACAAUGUACCCAUUACGGAUGCCCAGGUGGCGCAGGUUCAUCUUCACAAGCAGGGACACCGGCCGCUGGGAAGGACGCAAUCGGCGCCGUUGCCGCUGGGACAUCCGAUGCUCACGGGAGCCGGGCAGCUGAAUUUGGUGCAGACGCACUACGAGAACAGUGAGGCGGAGCGGCAGGCCUACGAGCACCAGGUGCUGAACCAGAAACUCCGCCAGACCGUUCUCACACGCAGCGGAGCAGCGGCUGCCGCGGCUGCUGCUGCCGGAGUGAGCGUUGUGCGGGAGGCGCAGCUGAAGGAGGAGGAUGAUGACUCGGCCGCCGAGGUAAUGGACCUCACCGAUAAGAAAAAGCCGCCCAAGACGGUGCUGACAAGCACGAUAGCGACCAGCACGUCCCAGAAUCUGCCCGAGGCGUUGGCGGCGGCAGCUGCCGCCUACCGCAACCCGCCCUCUACGUCCGUCGCUGCCGCCGUUGCCGCCUCAUCCGCCAGUAGCUCCGCAAAGUCCGGGAUAAAGCUGCGCGAUCAGGAGUACCUGCAGCAGCAGAGAGAACAGUUGCUGCUUCUGCAGCAGGAGGAGGAGCUGGCCAAGGGCUUGUUGCGACCGCUUUCGCGGACACUCAGCAGUCCGCUUGUGCCGCUGGGGCCGCACGGUCUUAGCCAGAUUCCGGAUACGGGUCAGCAGCCGGCACCGAUAGCCACCUCAUCGUCGGCCGACCACAUACCGCCUGUGAACCUCUCGCUGCCGCAUCGUCAACACCGCCAGAUGAUGAGCACCCUGUACGCCACGCAUCUGCGGCAGCACCAUCAGCCACUGGCCAGUGGGUCUCCACCGCACAAGGUCACCACGGGCCUGGCGUACGAUCCGCUGAUGAUGAAGCACUCGUGCAUCUGCGGCGACAACGCCCAGCAUCCGGAGCACAGCGGCCGGUUGCAGAGCGUGUGGGCGCGGCUGAACGAGACGGAUCUGGUGAAGCGUUGCGAUCGUCUGCGCGCACGCAAGGCCACGCAGGAGGAGCUGCAGACAGUGCAUACGGAGGCGCAUGCGAUGCUCUUCGGAUCCAACCAGUGUCAGCUGAGCAGGCCCAAGUUGGAGAACACACUCUCCGCAAGCUUUGUUCGCUUGUCGUGCGGUGGCCUGGGCGUUGAUUUGGAUACGACGUGGAAUGAGAACCAUACGGCCACCGCUGCUCGAAUGGCUGCCGGCUGUGUGAUCGAUUUGGCCUUCAAGACGGCCAAGGGGGAUUUGCGGAACGGUUUCGCGGUGGUCCGACCGCCUGGUCAUCAUGCUGAGGCAAACCUGGCCAUGGGUUUCUGUUUCUUCAACUCGAUUGCCAUUGCGGCCAAGUUACUGCGCCAGCGGAUGCCCGAGAUGCGGCGUAUUCUCAUCGUCGAUUGGGAUGUGCAUCAUGGCAAUGGCACACAGCAAGCAUUCUACCAAAGUCCCGACAUUCUAUAUCUUUCCAUACAUCGACACGAUGACGGCAACUUUUUCCCCGGCACAGGCGGACCCACAGAGUGCGGAUCCGGUGCCGGUCUCGGCUUCAACGUGAACAUCUCAUGGUCUGGGGCACUGAAUCCACCCCUGGGCGAUGCCGAAUAUAUCGCUGCAUUCCGUACCGUUGUGAUGCCCAUCGCGAGGAGCUUUAAUCCUGACAUUGUGCUGGUCUCCUCGGGCUUCGAUGCGGCCACCGGCCAUCCGGCUCCGUUGGGAGGUUACCAUGUUUCGCCUGCCUGCUUUGGUUUUAUGACCCGCGAACUCCUUCAGCUGGCCAACGGCAAGGUGGUGCUUGCCCUCGAGGGUGGCUAUGAUUUGGCCGCCAUCUGUGAUUCCGCCCAGGAGUGUGUGCGAGCGCUGCUCGGUGAUCCAGCCGCUCCGAUAGCCAAGGCCGAGUUGGAACGGCCGCCCUGCCAGAAUGCCAUCAAUACGCUCCAGAAGACGAUAGCCAUUCAGCAAACGCACUGGCCAUGUGUGCGGAUGCUGGAGCAUACGGUGGGUCUGUCCGCUCUCGAAACGCUCAAGGUGGAGCAUGAUGAGUCCGAGACGAUCAAUGCCAUGGCCGGCCUCUCGAUGCAGUCGAUGCACAGAACCCUUUCACGCGAUGAUUCCGAGGAGCCGAUGGAUCAGGAUGAAACCAAAUAG